CGGAUGUGCUUCGCCGUGUGAAGACGUGCGUGCGGAGGCUCCGUGUAAAAGUAGUCAAGAAAUAGUAAUAUCGCCAGUUUACUACCAUUUUGAGGAAGCUCGUUUAAUACGAUUCGUGCUUUGGAGUGAACGAGUGUGCUCACGGGGCAGUUUAUGAUCGAAAAUGUCCAACCGACAGACCCGGGCCGGCGUAGAAAAGUUGCAGGCGGAUAGCAACCCUGCCUCCGCAGCUAGCAAAGCUAACACUAGCCCAGCACACGCCGACAGCAUGCCUCAAUGGGCUCAAGACAUGAUGUCCGAGGUCAAAAAAACGAAUGCUGGGAUUACAAAAUACAGAGAGGAGACAAAAGCCGAGAUGGAAAAGUGGGCUAAGAGUUUGGAAGAUAACACUAAAGCUCAGUUUGAGUUGCUGCGUGAGGAGGUGAGGCUGAUUAGCGAGACAACCAUCAGUCUGGCUAACGAGAUGGAAGCGCGGAAAAAAGAAGUGGAUGGCACGCUGAACGACCAGUCUGACAGUAUAACCAGCAUGGAGACGAAACUGAAAGAAAUGGAGAAGGAGAUACUGAAGCUGAGGGGACGGAGUGAAGACCUCGAGGCGAGAUCACGACGCAACAACAUACGCAUCGUUGGGGUAAGAGAAGGGGCUGAGACAGGCAAAAAGCCGUCGGAGUUCAUAGCUGGAUUGCUGAAAGAAAAACUGGGGCUAUCAGUGACACCGACGCUUGACCGAGCACACCGAGCACUCGGCGCGAGACGAGACGGAGCCGGAGCUCCACCGAGAGCGUUCGUGGUGAGAUGCCACUACUAUACAGAGAAGGAGGAGAUACUGAAGAAGGCGAGGGAAAUGGAGAGAACACCAGAGGGUCGAAAUGGACGGAUUCACAUCUUCCCAGACUACACCCAGGAAGUAAACAACAAGAGAGCAGCCUUCAAAGAAGCAAGAAGCCUCCUGCGCACCUGCGGGGGGGUCAGAUAUGGGCUCCGUUACCCGGCAACGCUGGUGAUUACACCAGAAGGAGGACAAACAAAAACCUUUGAGAACCCAAAAGACGCCAUGGAGUUCAUCAAGAAGACACUGAAUCCUGGAUCUUCAGGGUGUGAUCCAGAUAGUGGACGGCACAGGAGCGUAGUGGGCAUGUUGGGCUGCAGACCCCGGGUGUGGCACCAGACAUGGAUGUGAGCAGAAUGGGCACAAAUUUGAUGAGCUGGAACGUAAGGGCGAUCAAUAAACCGGCUAAACGGAGUAAGAUCUUUUCACACUUAAGAGACCAGGGAGCAGAGAUAGUAUAUUUGCAAGAGACACAUUUGUUAAACAAGGACCACCUCAAACUGUAUAGGGGAGGAUUCAACCAGAUCUACCAUUCAAAUUUUGAUAGUAAGAGUCGAGGAGUGGCCAUCCUUAUACACAGGAAUGUACAAUUCAUAGAAACAUCCGCCAUAAAAGACAAACAUGGUCGAUACGUUAUUGUAGUUGGGAAAUUAUUCAAUAUGCCAGUAGUGUUGGCAAACAUAUACGCACCCAAUUGGGAUAAUGUUCAAUUUUUUAAGGAUUUGUUUUCAUUACUACCUAAUUUGGACACACAUAAUUUGAUCUUGGGGGGAGACUUGAAUUGUGUCCUAGAUUUAACUCUGGACCGCUCUAGCCCAACACCUAGUGUGCUAAGUAAAUCUGCUCAAUGCAUUAACUCCUUUUGUAAAACAUAUGGUAUAUUCGAUCCAUGGAGAUAUGCAAAUCCGACUACCAGACAGUACUCCUUUUAUUCCCCGCCACACCAAACUUAUACUAGAAUUGAUUAUCUUUUGUUAGACAAUAAAUUGACCCCUAUGGUAAUGAAUGUAGAAUACCCUGGUAUAGUAAUAUCUGAUCAUAGCCCGGUCACACUGAAACUUAAAUUCCCUGAGUAUACACCACCUCAGAGGAUGUGGCGUCUUAAUAGUAGAUUAUUGGCUGAUGAUGAUUUUAAAGAAUUCAUUAAUUCGCAAAUAGUUUUUUUCUUGGAUCUUAAUGAUACUCCUGAUAUAAGCGGUGGCACUUUAUGGGAAUCAUUAAAAGCGUAUAUACGCGGACAAAUCAUUUCAUACAGUGCUGGUGAAAGGAAAAGAAAAACGAAACGUACCACAGAAUUAAUGAAAGCAAUAAAAGAAGUUGACCUGGCAAAUUCUAUGACUCCAUCUGAGGAGCUGCAUAAAAAAAGGAUUUUGCUCCAGACUGAAUAUGACAUCCUGACAAGUCAGCGUGAGGAGGAUUUAUAUCUUAGGUCAAGACAAGAUCUCUAUGAACACGGUGAGCGCGCUGGUAAACUCCUGAGCUACCAGCUAAAACAAUCAGCAGCUGCUGGUAUGAUAGUAGAGAUAGGAGAUAAUGUGGGUAAUAAAAUUAUAGAUCAGAAGGGUAUUAACAAUCAAUUUAAAUCUUUUUAUGAGGACUUGUAUACCUCAGAAAUAAAUGAUAGGGACCGAGUGAAGAAUUUCUUUGAAAACCUUGAAAUACCAUCGCUAGAGGCUGCAGAUAGAGAUAGAUUAGAGGGGCCCAUAUCUGCCACGGAGAUAGACAAGGCAAUUCGGAAUAUGAAGACAGGAAAAGCGCCGGGCCCUGAUGGGUACCCAAGUGAGUUUUAUAAAACAUUUGCUCCCAAACUGAUACCCUUGCUUUGCAGAGUAUUUAAGGAAAUUCUUGAUAAAAAAGCUCUGCCCCAAACAAUGUCACAGGCCUUGAUCUCUGUACUCCUUAAGAAGAAUAAGGACCCACUUAAAUGUGAGUCAUACCGCCCAGUAAGUUUACUUGGAUGUGAUUAUAAAAUACUGACCAAAGUACUGGCAGCUAGAAUUGAGCUCGCUAUAAGUAAGAUAAUACAUCCUGAUCAGACAGGGUUUGUUGCAGGUAGACAACUCUCCAGCAAUCUCCGCCGUCUGUUCAAUGUGAUAUAUACUGCUGAAGAUAACAUUAUGCCAGAGAUUGUGAUAUCCCUAGAUGCCCACAAAGCCUUCGAUAGAAUAGAGUAUUACUAUCUGUUUACGGCCCUUGAGAGAUUCGGCUUUGGUCCUACAUUUUGCUCGUGGAUUGAAAUAAUUUAUGCGAACCCCCAGGCUAUGGUAAGAACAAAUAAUAUCAUAUCUGAACCCUUCUCUCUGUUCCGGGGAACAAGACAGGGGUGCCCUUUGUCACCCCUGCUCUUUAAUGUGGCAAUUGAACCCCUUGCAAUAAUGCUGAGACAGGCUGCUGAAUUGGUAGGAAUACAAAGGGGGACACAAAACCAUAGGCUGUCCUUAUAUGCUGAUGAUCUCCUCCUUUUCCUGUCAAACCCUGCCAUUAGUAUCCCGGUAGCCCUUGGUAUUAUCAAGGAUUUUGGGAGGGUGUCGGGCUAUAAAAUUAACUUAAAAAAAAGUGUCCUUUUCCCCAUUAAUAAACAGGCGAGGAAACUUUCUUUCCGGGCCUAUCCCUUUGCAACACAUAAGGAUAAAUUCACAUAUUUAGGUGUUAAUGUAACUAGUAAAUAUAAAGAUUUACUGGACAAUAACUUUAAAGUAGCACUGGAUAAAGCAAAGUUGGAUAUGGAGAGGUGGGCAUCGCUCCCCUUAUCGUUAGCAGGGAAGAUAAAUUCUGUUAAAAUGACUAUAAUGCCACGGUUCCUCUAUUUAUUCCAGACGAUACCAGUUUUCAUUCCUAAAUCAUUUUUUAAGGAAUUGAACGAAUGUACAUCUGCCUUUAUUUGGAAAAAAACAGUCCCCAGGAUAAGAAGAGAGUUUCUGGAGAGACAGAAAGAAGAGGGAGGCCUGGCUCUGCCGAACUAUAUGCACUAUUAUUUUGCUGCUAAUAUACAUAAGUUGUUAUUUUGGGUCAAAGAGUUAGAUGAGGAUGAAACCCCGAUAUGGGUUCAUAUGGAAAGUUACGUCUCCAGCCCAGUGUCCUUGCGCUCCCUGGUCUGUGCUCCUCUACCCUUGAGCAAACAUUUCUACACAAACAACCCGGUGGUAUCUAAUUCUUUGAAAAUUUGGGUUCAAUUCAGAUCACAUUUUAAAAACAGAAACGCCCUCCUAUCUGCUCCCAUCUAUGGAAAUCACUUGUUUUCCCCAGCCCUCGGGGGAAUAGCCUUUAGGGAAUGGCAAAGAGCUGGGGUGGAAUGUGUAAAACAUCUUUUUAAAAAUGGUACUUUUAUGUCGGCUGCUCAACUGGAAAAGGACUAUGGAAUCUCCUCCAAGACUAAUUACUUUAGAUACUUCCAGGUUCGGGACUUUGUGAAAAAGACAUUCAGCCCCUCCCUCGAGCUUCCACAAAGCGGAUGGAUAGACGAGCUGAUGGACACAGAUCCGACUGCUAAAGGGACAAUCUCCACACUAUAUGCAAAUAUUCAGAAUGUGGCUUCCCCCUCCCUGGUCAGUGUAAGAAGGAAAUGGGAGGAAGAAUUGGGGCUGGACAUAUCAGAGGUUGACUGGGGAGGAGCAGUAGAUCUAGUACACUCUGCUUCUGUAUGUGUGAGACACGGAUUGAUACAGUUCAAGGUGUUACACAGACUCCACUUGUCAAGGGAGAAACUGGCAAGAAUGUACCAGGGGGCCGAUUCGACCUGCCCCAGAUGUAAACAGGUGCCAGCCAACUUAUGCCACAUGUUCUGGUCUUGUUCCAGGCUGAAAGACUUUUGGGCUAACAUUUUUAGAACAUUCUCAUUCAUUUAUAAUAAAGAUAUGGAACCAAUGCCUCUGACGGCCAUCUUUGGUGUGACACCGAGGGAAACUCAACUAACAGCCUCUCAGAGGAAGGCAAUUGCAUUCACUUCACUGUUAGCUAGGAGACUGAUUCUAUUUAACUGGAUA